AUGGAUACAAAAUCCGAGAAUUCAGUAGCAACGGGGGUCGGCCCCGCCCCAGCCGGGCGGAUGCCCUCGUACUACGACCCGGAGAUCGGCGGAGCCGCGCGGACAGCCCAAGAAGAAAUCGACGAGAGAAUCUUCACCAAAGAGAUCAGACAGGGUUUCAUUCGGAAGGUCUAUACAAUCAUCGCGCUGCAGCUGAUCACUACGGCGGCGGUUACUGCGCUGUUUCUUUUCGUAGAUCCUGUUCGAGCAUGGUUUUUAACCCACGGACAGCCCGUCAUAAUCGCCGCUGGAGUUGUCCUGCUGGUGACGUCGAUCCCCCUAGUUUGCUGCGAAGGCGCCUCCCGCCGGUUUCCCUUCAACUACCUGCUGCUAUGUGUGUUCACGCUAGCGGAGUCCGUUCUCGUGGCGGCGGUGACCGCGCACUACAGCGAGAAGACAGUAUUGAUAGCAGUGGCAGGGACAGCAGUGAUCACAGUAGGGUUGUCCCUUUUCGCCUGCCAAGUGAAGUACGACUUCACGUCCUGGGUCGGGGUCCUGUUCAUCUUCGCGCUGAACCUGAUGAUCUUUGGCCUCUUCUGCAUCUUCUUGCCCAAGUGGGCUCAAGUUCUCUACUCCAGCCUCGCCCUGUUGCUCUUCUCCAUCUACCUUGUUGUCGAUACCCAGCUCAUUGUGGGCAGAGGGAAACUACGUCUGAGCGAAGAUGACUACAUUGUCGCCGCUCUCAUGAUCUACGUCGACAUCAUCACCAUCUUCCUCCAUCUUUUGCGGCUCGUCGCCUCGGCCACUGACAAUAACUAG